UGGCGGUCCCAGUCAACGCUGAUCACUUGGAAAGUGCAGUAUACCUACAAUCUGUGCGCCUGGGCGAGCUAGACCUUAUGGCUGCGUAUGAACUGUACUUCCUCAUUGCACAUUCGACAGCCAAUUCCUUCUCGUUACUUGGAAUCUUGGUCCAUUCUCUGGCUUUAACAGCCGCAAAUCAGCUGAACGAAGGGCUGUCCCAUUUUGUCCGCUACUUUGCGAGAAAUGCCAACUUCGAUUUGAUUCUCAUACGCUUUGGCGAUCCUGUGGCUGCCUGAAGGUUGUGAGUAAGCGGCGGUCCCCCUGAGCCUGUAGCAGCAUCGAAACUCCGUGGUGCACCCGUUGUGGGUUCGAGUGACCCUUUUCUUUCGUACGCCCGAGAAAGUGCCGCAAAGAUACCAGUCGAACUGUCUGAGUCAAGAUGCAGCUGACGAUGUAUGGCCUCUCCGGUCCGAUUCGUGCCAGAUUACGGACUGUUGACACGGAACGGGAGAGGCGCCGCCACUGUCUCGUACGAGGUGGACAGCCAAAAGACAGCAGUAGAGACGGACGCGAGGUUUCAUUUCCUCCACCAAUUCCCUUCGCAGAUAUACCGGUACGCCAAAUGCACAAGAGCCCAAGCCUAGGGCAAUCAUACAUCACACCUAUCUGUAAGGCUCGUCCAGCAAGGAGCGUCUUUGGAGCAAUGCCGAGAAAGAAGUCAAAGGCGAAAGGCAGAGUGCCUCGGCCCGCGCCGACUGCAAAGGACACUCCGCCGUACACCUUUUCGUUCCGACCGGCGAAUGGACUGCGUAAGAAGACGAUUGAGAAAGCUAAGGAUCUUCUCCCUGAAGACCUCUGUGGCAUCCUGAUGGACAAGCAGCCAAAUCCCCCACCACCACGACGAUGGCACGAUUCCUGGUGGUCGAUGACCAUGUCCUCUUCCUGGCCUCAAUCCUCAGUAUCUUCUGACCCCUCGGGCGAGCACGUCUACGACGAACAGAGGAAUGAGAUGGAGUACGAGGUGAAGGAGCAGUUCCGAGGUCAGGAGCAUCAGGUAGGAGCGGAGGCCAAGGGCCGUCACCAUCGCGAGCUUUACGUCAUGCAGACCAAUGCAGAAGUAGACAAAUCUGUCGAACAAGUGCUGAGCUCAGCCAAAGUCACCAAAGUCUUUAGGCAGGUGAACAGCAUCGUGGGCCAGGAAAAGAAAAGAAGGGCCUUGGUGGCAAGCAUCUGUAGAUUGAGCACAUCAGUGCGUAGCGAAUUGGGUGCAGCAGAGUCAGGGUAUGGCAAAUUUGUCCGAUGCAAGAGCCUACCAAUCGUCGAUCUAGAGUAUCCCCCAAUGGAUCUCGUAAAUUUGGACGGACACAUUAUGGUGCAAGCAGCAGAAGUCGCAGGACAGCCUGAAUGGUCGAACAUGGUCUCAUUCAUCGUAGUCAAGAAGACAGACGCCGAAGACUUGAACAACAAGGCUGUUCGACAGGGCCUCUUCUACGUGCGCCAGAUGCACCAAUAUCGUCCCAUCACCUCCCACGUCCACUUUGCAACGUGGUGUGGCCACUUCGUACGGCUGUGGUACGCCAAUGCAACUAUCUACGGAUGUUCUAGAGCUUUCGACACUCGCACCCCGAAUGACCGAAAGGACAUCGUGAGAAUUCUGCUUUUCUUCUCUCUCAGGGAACAUUCGGGCCAGCUGUCCGGCUACUGGAAUCUUGUAGGUCAACAUUCUCUCGAGAUCGAGGCCGAUGUCGCGACAGACAGUGCCCUUGUCAAAGCUCAAGUCACGGAGCACAGAGUACGCCCCGGACCAUUCGGAAGUCGUACUGCAGUCUUCGUGGAACAAGACAAAACUGCUGAACAAGACGCAGGAAAGAGAACGCUACUUGUCAAAGUUUCGUGGCUGUACGAGCAUCUGCGAUUACACGAAUUGACAAUGCUGCGCGGCAUCCAGAGUCUAGGCCUGCCAUAUGCUCCUCGUCCGAUCGGUCUGGCAGUCAUCCCAACGGCAGGCUUUCAAAGAACAACUUCGGAGACUACGAGCUCCUCAGUGACGCAGGUUGAACUUUACGAGUACACCCGGGAAUACGACAGCAAGUCAGCAACCCGACAUCGGACAGUCAGUGCUCUGGUGACCGAGCAGUGUCUUGGAGAUUACAUUGGAAUGCAGGUGUCCAUGCACGACCUCUUGCAGAUUCACGUGCAGGUUGCCGAGCAGCUUCUCAGACUUGCAAAGGGGGGCUAUCACUAUCGCGACUUCAAUCCCGGCAACGUCCGCCUUCUGCGUGGCACUCGUAACACACUCCUCUUCAUAGACUUUGGUAACAUGAGAACCAAGCUCAGCCCACUCCAGCAAUCGGGGAUGCAGAUGUGCGACGCAGAAGCACUAGCCGCCAGAGCUGCAGAUGAUGGACAGUCAGCUAAUCCGAUCUAUCUGUCCACUUGCUGUGCUAGAGCACUCAAAGAUGCCUGGAUCUGGACUCUCACCUUGCGGCACACUAGCGAGGACAUUUACUCCGAUCUUCGCGCCGGACCUGGAGGCACUAAUGUUUUUGGAUGCAGAAACAAAGAGCCCAAGCAGAUCCUGCGACGGAUUAUUGACAGCUUACGAAAGGUUUUUGUGAAAAGCCAUCGGUACAUAGACGACCUUGAGGGUGCAGUCUACCUGCAAUUUUGGCAGGUGAGUGAGCUAUGGCUCGAAAGGCCUGCUCAAGCCUGCAAUGAGCCUCUUCACCACAUUCGGCCAACACACCUUUACUUUUGCUGCAGGUUGCUCAGAGGUGGGAAAGGACCGAGAAGGCUCGGAAAGAGCUGGAGAAAGAAAUGAGAAAAGAUAAAGGGAGACUGUGGGAGUCCACAAUGUGGUGGGAAGACGUAAGUAGCUCGGAAACCGUGCGCUGCGCGAAUACUGAUGGACCCUAUCUGUGGUUCGGUCUUACAGAUUAUGGACAAGAUGCAAGGGAGGCGGACCAAAGGAGACUGGCCUGAGCUGAUGUACGCAUUGCGCAAGACUAUUCUCUCGGCUCGAGAGAAGCUUUCUAAGACUCUUGAGCGCCAAUACGAUCGCAAGGUCUCUCUGGCGGCCUUUGAGGAAGCUUACAAUGCCUGGGAAAACAAGCUUACGGCAGAGCAGCUGCUCGAGAUUAAAGAUGCCAAAGAUCACUAUGAGGCGGCUCGAGUGGACAAGCUGCAACUGAAACGGUUCUUCCUGGCCUUCUUUGACGGUAAAGGUCUACUCGACAACAAUAGGAUCCAUAAGAUCGAGAGGAAAUGCUUCAAGGCUUGCAUCAAGCUGCUCA